AUGGGGAACGCUGCGCCGCGCUGCCAACCGGACGCCGCCGGGCGAGUGAUCCUCUCCGACGGCCGCGUGGUCACCUACGACGAGCCGCUCACCGCGGCGGAGCUCAUGCUGGAGCACCCGCAGCACGUGGUGGUGGAAUUCAAGCCGAUUGCGAGCGGGAAAAAGGCGUCGCCGCUUCCGGCGGAUCAGAAGCUGGAGAUCAGGAAGACGUACCUGAUGCUCCGGAUCAGGAAGGGAAAGCCGAUCCAGCUGUCGUCGGAGGAAGCGAGGAGAUUGAUCCUCGGAAACAACGUCGGGAUCAAAUCGAGCGCGCUGCUUUCGUGCACUGGUCUCGUGCCGCUGUUCGCGCGGAUUUUGCCGGCGAUCGGAGGGAGGAGGAGGCUCCGGGGAAGUUCGGAUGAGAGGAAAGAGGUGGAAGAGGAGGAGAGACUGGAUUGCUUUGCGGAGAUAUUGGAGGGAAGGCCGGAGUUUCUGAGCAGGCAGAUUUCGGGGAAGGGAUGGAAGCCGAGUUUGGAUCCGAUUAGGGAGAAUGCGGUUAAACCCAAAGUUGUGAAUUGGGUCAUUCUCUGA